AUGUCUGAUCACCCGGCCCUCCCGGCUGUGGCCGACCUCAGCGGCGGCGGAGGCGGCAGCGGCAUCGCUGCGCAGGCGCGGCCUCCUAAUGACUCAGCUGGCCUCCCCUCGUCUUCGGGCCGCGGCGCGGGCGGCUAUGAGGCCAGCAGCCAGGGCGCCGGCGGCAGCCAGGACAGUGACGAGUUGCUGGCCGGGGGCGACGGCGACGAUAAGCUGCAGAAGAGGCGCAGCGCCAACGCCAAAAGCCAGCGCGCGCGGCGCGCGCGGUUGAAGGCGGAGGCCACUCGGCAGAACGAGGUCUUGAUGGCCCUGCAGGUGGGGCGUCGGAGGCUGUACGUGGGAUGCCCGUGA